GAGUGUUGUAAUUGAAAGUUAACUAACGACUAUCCAAAAAAAAAUUUAAUAACAAUCACCAUCGCCGUAUUUUAAUAAUUCUGUCCCCGUGACAUCUUGACAUUAAUCUAAUUGUUUAACAAUGUCUGCUAAAGUUAAUGAAACCGAAAACACUGAUACAAUGAUUAAUGAUCAAAAUAAAUCCGACGAAACUGAUGAUAAAUGUCAAACCGAUUCGACAAAAACCACCAAUAAUGACAUCGAUAUGGUAGUUGAUGAAUCACAAGCUAAUAAACCGACUGUAUCAACAACACCAAUGGAAGAGGACGAUAUGGAAUCAAAAGCCGAUUCAUCUAAUGAACCAGAUGAUUCUCAAUCGACAACGCCGGCCGAAUCAGCUGUGGAUGAAUUCGCCAAAAUGAUCUCGUCGAAUGAUUUUGAUGCACGUGUCAAAGAAGAUCGUUCAAAACGUUUUGAUUAUCUACUUAAACAGACUGAAAUUUUUUCUCAUUUCAUGACAACCGGUGUGACACCAUUGGCUGAUUCAAAUGCGACAGCAAAACGUGGACGCAAACCAAAACCAAAAGAGGCUCCAACAACUCCAGCUCCAGCUCCUCCUCCCCCUCCUCCUGAAGCUGCAGCUGCAGCUUCUGCCCCUGGUGAUCAUCGUCAUCGGAUGACCGAACAGGAAGAAGAUGAAGAAUUGCUUUCGGCUACAAAAAAACCCGUUGGUUUUUUUCGUUUCGAACAAAGUCCUACUUAUAUUAAAAACGGGGAAAUGCGAGACUAUCAAGUGCGUGGUUUAAAUUGGAUGAUAAGCUUAAUGGAGAAUGGUAUCAACGGUAUUUUGGCCGAUGAAAUGGGUUUGGGCAAAACGUUACAAACCAUCUCGUUGCUUGGCUACAUGAAACAUUACAAAAAUGGUGCCGGGCCUCACAUGGUUAUUAGUCCAAAAUCAACAUUGACUAAUUGGAUGAACGAGAUACGAAAAUGGUGUCCAAGUUUAAAGCCUGUUUGCCUUAUCGGAAAUCAAGAUGCGCGUAAUGAGAUUAUUCGCGAUAUUCUUAUGGGUCCACCCAACAGUUUCGAUGUGUUGGUUACAUCGUACGAAAUGGUUAUCAGAGAGAAAGGUGUGCUGAAAAAAUUCAAUUGGCGCUAUAUUGUUAUUGAUGAAGCACAUCGUAUCAAAAAUGAAAAAAGCAAACUGUCAGAAAUUAUUCGUGAAUUCAAAUCGACUAAUCGUUUGCUAUUGACCGGUACUCCAUUGCAAAAUAAUUUGCAUGAACUGUGGGCUCUUCUCAACUUUCUUCUACCUGACGUGUUCAAUUCGUCAGAUGAUUUCGAUUCAUGGUUUAAUACUAAUUCUUGUUUGGGUGACAAAUCUCUUGUUGACCGUUUACAUUGUGUUUUAAGGCCAUUCCUUUUGCGUCGUUUGAAAAGUGAAGUAGAGAAAAAAUUGCCGGCAAAAGUUGAAACAAAAAUCUAUGUCGGUCUUAGUCGAAUGCAGCGAGAAUGGUAUACGAGAAUUCUCAUGAAAGAUAUUGACGUUGUAAACAAUGCUGGUAAAUCAGACAAGCUUCGACUAUUGAAUAUUUUGAUGCAGUUGCGUAAAUGUGCCAAUCAUCCGUAUUUGUUUGAUGGCGCCGAACCAGGUCCACCUUAUACUACAGAUAUGCAUCUUGUGGACAAUAGUGGAAAAAUGGCCAUUCUCGAUAAGUUAUUGCCACGGCUUAAAGAACAAGAUAGUCGUGUCCUUAUCUUUAGCCAAAUGACUCGAAUGCUUGAUAUUCUCGAAGAUUAUUGUCUUUGGCGUGGAUUUAAAUACUGUCGUCUGGAUGGCCAGACUUCACAUGAAGACCGAGAACGAAGUAUAGAAGAAUACAAUAAACCAGAUAGCGAUAAAUUUCUUUUCAUGUUAAGUACACGUGCUGGUGGUCUUGGUAUCAAUCUUGCUACGGCUGAUAUUGUCAUUCUCUAUGAUUCAGAUUGGAAUCCACAGGCAGAUCUUCAAGCACAGGAUCGUGCACAUCGUAUCGGUCAGAAAAAAGCCGUUCGAGUUUUUCGAUUGAUCACAGAAAAUACUGUGGAAGAACGAAUUGUUGAACGUGCAGAAGUCAAAUUACGUUUAGAUACGUUGGUCAUUCAACAGGGAAGACUUGUCGAUGCUAAUGCCAACAAAUUAGGCAAAGACGAAGUAUUGGGUAUGAUUCGUCAUGGCGCCGAUCACAUUUUUGCAUCAAAAGACAGUGAAAUCACAGAUGAAGAUUUGGACGCCAUUCUAAAGAAAGGUGAAUCGAAAACUGAAGAAAUGAAAAAACGUCUCGAAACUUUGGGUGAAUCACAGCUAAAGAAUUUCACCCUUGAUACGAACACUGACAGUGUCUAUCAAUUCGAAGGUGAAGAUUAUCGAGAAAAACAAAAGAUGGCCACAUUCGCUUGGAUAGAGCCGCCAAAGCGUGAGCGAAAAGCUAACUAUGCAGUCGAUGCGUAUUUCCGUGAAGCGUUACGUGUUUCCGAACCAAAAGCACCCAAAGCUCCUCGACCACCAAAACAACCAAACGUACAGGAUUUCCAAUUUUUUCCACCUCGACUUUUCGAAUUAUUAGACAAAGAAAUUUAUUAUUAUCGAAAAACUAUUGGCUACAAAGUACCAUUAAAUCCGGAUCUUGGUGAAGGAGCGGAAAAACAACGAAAACAAGAGCAAAAGUUGAUCGACAAAAGUGAGCCGCUAACCGAAGAUGAACAACAAGAAAAAGAAGAAUUAUUACAAGAAGGAUUUAUCAAUUGGUCUCGAAGGGAUUUUAAUCAAUUUAUUAAAAUGUGCGAAAAAUAUGGUCGCGACGAUAUUGAUUCAAUUUCUAAGGAGAUAGAAGGCAAGAUGCCUGAAGAAGUUAUUGAUUAUGCUAAAGUAUUCUGGGAACGAUAUCAAGAAUUGGCUGAUAGUGAAAAAAUUAUUGCACAGAUUGAAAAAGGUGAACAACGUAUUAAACGACGUCAAGAUAUCAAAAGAGCAAUCGAAAUGAAAAUGCAACGAUAUUCGGCUCCAUUCCAUCAAUUGCGUAUCAAUUAUGGCGCUAACAAAGGAAAAAAUUACAUCGAAGAAGAAGAUCGAUAUCUCAUUUGUAUGCUUCAUAAAUUGGGUGUUGAUCGAGAACAAGUGUAUGAAGAUUUGAAAUUAGCCAUUCGAGAAGCUCCACAAUUUCGUUUCGAUUGGUUUCUUAAAUCUCGUACAACUAGUGAAUUACAACGUCGUUGCAACACGCUUAUCACAUUGAUCGAACGAGAGAAUCAAGAAUUGGAAGAACGAGAAUUGGCCACCAAAAAAGCGACCACCACCACUAAUCAACGAGGUAACAAAUCCAACUCAUCUAAAGGAACAAGGUCACGAAAAUAAUCGAAUAACGGCUGCAACAAGACGAAUUUAAACUUUUUAGAUUCCAGAUUUCAUGUUCAUUAUAAAAAUUAUCAUUUUGUACUUUUUUCCGUCAUUGUUUAUAAAAAUUUGUUUUCUCCAUUUUAUUUACAGAUCCAAAAAAAAAAAUUAAACAAUAAAC